AUGAACCUUGCUUCUUCAAGAGUAUCUGAUUGCUACAACAUUCUCACCCAUCCCAGACAAUUUCCGUCCAUUCCGUUGGUGGCAGAGCCAGCAGAAGAGAGGGGAGGGGGGAAACACUACUUACAAUACCAGGGGGGAAAAGAACAAGCUCGACUCAAGCGCCGCUGCCCACUUUUUGCAUGCGACCAGGCCUCGGAUGGCGUGCCAGAGCUCCUGCGCCAGGGUCCUAUCCAUGCCCAGGAAUCGGCUCCGAAAGUCUCUCGGCUGACCCCGGUUACAGAGUUUAGUGCUAAGCAGCUCGGCGGUUGA